GCCGCCGCCGAGCCCUACUCGGGGCCCGGGGCCAAGCGCAAGUUCCAGGAAGACUCGGACCAGGAGCGCAGCGACUACGAGGAACAGCAGCUGCAGCGGGACGAGGAGGCGCGCAAGGUGAAGAGCGGCAUCCGCCAGAUGCGCCUCUUCAGUCAGGACGAGUGCGCCAAGAUCGAGGCCCGCAUCGACGAGGUGGUGUCCCGCGCCGAGAAGGGCCUGUACAACGAGCACACGGUCGACCGGGCCCCGCUGCGCAACAAGUACUUCUUCGGCGAGGGCUACACGUACGGCGCGCAGCUGCAGAAGCGCGGGCCCGGCCAGGAGCGCCUCUACCCGCCGGGCGACGUGGACGAGAUCCCCGAGUGGGUGCACCAGCUGGUGAUCCAGAAGCUGGUGGAGCACCGCGUCAUCCCCGAGGGCUUCGUCAACAGCGCCGUCAUCAACGACUACCAGCCGGGCGGCUGCAUUGUGUCGCACGUGGACCCCAUCCACAUCUUCGAGCGCCCCAUCGUGUCCGUGUCCUUCUUCAGCGACUCGGCCCUCUGCUUCGGCUGCAAGUUCCAGUUUAAGCCCAUCCGGGUGUCGGAACCUGUGCUUUCCCUGCCUGUGCGCAGGGGGAGCGUGACUGUGCUCAGUGGAUACGCUGCUGAUGAAAUCACUCACUGCAUACGGCCUCAGGACAUCAAGGAGCGCCGAGCAGUCAUCAUCCUCAGGAAGACGAGGUUAGAUGCACCCCGGUUGGAAACAAAGUCCCUGAGCAGCUCCUUGUUGCCACCAAGCUAUGCUUCAGAUCGCCUGUCGGGAAACAACAGAGACCCUGCUCUGAAGCCCAAGCGGUCCCAUCGCAAGGCAGAUCCUGAUGCUGCCCACAGGCCCCGGAUCCUGGAGAUGGACAAGGAAGAGAACCGUCGCUCAGUGCUGCUGCCCACACACCGGCGGAGGGGGAGCUUCAGUUCAGAGAACUACUGGCGCAAGUCCUACGAGUCCACAGAGGACUGCUCCGAGGCGGCCAGCAGCCCUACCCGGAAGGUGAAGAUGAGGAGGCACUGAGGCCUGCUGCCUGCAUCCCUCUGGGAACUCUGAUUUAGCCUCACGUAGUUGCCCCCUCCUUUUGUUUCAUUUUUGUUUUUGAUGGUUCUUGUUUUGGGGUUUUUUAAAAUCCAGUUAUUUUUUUCCUUGGUUUGUUGUCUCAAAGGUUGAAGAACAGAAUUGGCCAGGACCUAGGUCCUCGUGUUCGUGGUUUUCCUCCUGGAUGGAAAUGUCGGUGUUUGUUGAGCACAGAGACUAACACUGAAGUGGCCAGUAGAUGUGUUGCGGCGGGAGGGGCAGUAGUCUUCAAAUGGACCUGUGUUAAACUGGGUUUAUUUAAAAGCAACAAAAUGUUUUGAUUGAGGAAAUAAUUGGUUUGGUUUAAGAUUUAAAUCGGUUCAGUAUUUUAAAGUUUGAUCUUCCGCCCCACCCCUUCCUUCACUGACAUCUGCGCUUGGUUGAAUUCUCUGGGAGCUUUACCAGGUCUGCCUGUAGCUUGCUCAGCCUUGGCUCUGCUACCCUCCCACUUCCCACCUGCUCUCUAGGUCCUGGAAGCUCAUGCAAACACCAUUUCUCCUUCUUUUGACAGUUGUUGGGGCUGGCUGGGUGGGGCACAGUUCCCAGGCCUGCAUCCUCAGAGCUGUUACUGUGCCCUUGGGCUGCCCCUGAGCCCACUGGCAUGCUUUGCCCACAAUUCCUUAGGGCUGCCAUGGUCCUGACCUCUUGCCAAAAGCAUACCUCUUGGCUCGGUUGCUUCUUUCCAACAUGUGUGUGAUUAUAUGGAGCAGUUACGACUUGCCAUGUCAGAUCACUUUAGGAUUGUUUCUAGCUAGAGAGACUGGUGUCCUCCCAAGUCUAGCAUGUGGGGUGUGGAAUAUUGUUGUGGGGUGUGGUAGGAUUUUUGUUUUGAGUUUUUAGUUUUCCUUUGGUCUCCUGGCUUUUUCCCUUUCCCUUCCCCUCUCCUACAUAGGCCAGCUUGGGCCUUCUCCCACAGGGUCCCCUUGGGGAAGUGUCCACACCUAUCUGCCUGCAGCAUGCAUCCAAGGCCAGGGCUCAGGCCUUCAGACCAGGUGGGUGCCCCUCUGCCUCAGGGUGGGUGGGAGCCGGGAGCGGACCUUAAAAAAAGUAAUAAAAGAAAUAAACAAUGUAAAGUCUUUGGCAAUUUCUACCCAUUCAGAUCCUCAAAGGCUGCAAGGUUUGCUAAUCUAGAUAUAUUAGGAAUUUCUCCAUGCCACCUGAGGCCAGGGCCUAGGCUUUCCUGAAAGCAGAGGCUCUCUGACCCUCCAGGUACCAACAUCCCUCCAGGCCUUAACUUGUAAAUGUCGUGCUGGUCCGAGGCUGCAGAGGCUGAGAAUUUGGGCUGCCACCAUCAAGCGGUCCCUCUGAGGGAACAGAACUUGUGCCAGCGUGGAUUCCUCAAGUUGGGACUGUGUAACUAAAGCAAUUGCAGGUUUAUUUUUUUUACAGCUUUUUUCCCAAAAAAAGAAACAAGAGAGAUUUGUAGUUGUAUGUGCAGCACUUUGCCCUGAAAUGUGUGCUCUACAAUAAAAACCAAAUCUAAUAUA